UUUCAUUGAGAAGUGCUGCUGUCUUAACAGGUAGAAUUAAUGAGCACAUGCUUAUAGGCCCUAGAAUAUGUUAGCUUCAUGUACAGUAUACAAUGUAUCCAUCCAACUUAUUAAUAGAAGCAGUUUACUUGAAGUUACUCGACUUCAAUAACUCUAUUGGUUGACUGUGUAAGAGAAGAAACUAAACUUUCUUCGACAUUGAUCUUUGCAGAUAUAUGUACAUGAACAGUUGAACUUGUUCAAAACCACACUGUAAACAAUCUAUUAUGCAAUUCGCUUUCCAUGGGUUACGUUCAUAUGGUCCACCGGGAAGAUAGGCAUCAUUGGUGCAUGACAAAUACAUUCUAUCUUUCUGCAUUUAAAUAUGAAAUAAUGCUUUAAAAAAAUUUCAUAUCAAGAUUUUAUUUCACAUGUUUCCUUUUAUCUGUCUCUAAUUUCAGCUUAGAAAUGGAAGAUAAUGUCCAAGUUGUGCCUUUCUGCGUGACAUGCAAGGAUCGAACAAAACUAAUAUCGGUGCCAUUGACUAGUGCUGAGCCGAAGGAGGAGAUGUUGAAUUGUUUGAAAUUCAAAAUAUCGCAGAAAUUCAGCAUAGACCUUCAAAAAGAUUACAUAAUCAAAAUGAAAGUAAAGGAAUUUGAUUCCUUUGUAGAAAUAGAUGAAAAUGACACUGAUGAUCUGGAAUUAUUGGCCCACGGGGGAUCACUUGUCGUGGAAGCAUGCAGCACUCAAGCAGUGGGACCAGGAACAAGUCUGGAUGAGGCAUCAGAAACUAGCACUGAGAAAGAGGUGCCCCAAAAGUCGUUGCAGCAGUCUACAAUGAAGACCAGUUCAAAUAAAGAACACAGCUUUGAUGUGAAAACCAUCACAAAUUCGCAUCCACGGGGGUAUCUAGUGGAGCAGGAAUAUGAGUUCUCACCUCUAUAG